AUGUCUACCGAUCCGACUUAUGCUCCUUUUUUCGGAAUUAUGGGUGCCACGGCAUCAAUCGUCUUUUGUGCAUUUGGUGCGGCUUAUGGUACCGCUAAGUCCGGAGCUGGCAUCUGUUCAAUGGGUGUGAUGCGACCUGAGUCAAUCAUGAAGUCACUUGUGCCAAUUAUUAUGGCUGGUAUCGUCGCUAUUUACGGUUUAGUUGUUUCCGUUGUUAUUUAUGGAUUUGUAAGUCAGGCUGAUAUUACUGAUGACGUGUAUCUUAGAUCCCUCAAACAACUUGGUGCAGGACUUAGUGUAGGGCUUUGUGGUCUAGCGGCUGGAUUUGCUAUCGGUGUUGUGGGCGAUGCUGGUGUUCGAGGAGCUGCCCAACAACCUCGUCUUUUUGUUGGCAUGAUCUUGAUUCUCAUCUUUGCCGAAGUCUUAGGAUUGUACGGUCUCAUCGUGGCUCUUAUCCUCUGUAGCCAAUAA